GCUGCAGGGCAACACCCCGGCGUCCCUGGAAGCGGGGUGCCGGGGUGGUGCUGGGAAGGCUGCGCAGACCCCGGAACCGUCGCCCAGAACCUCCCGGGGUAGCGGAUAGGUGUUUGAGCCAGACCAAUCAUGGCUGCACGACCCAUCCGCAUUGGAGACCAGCUGGUCCUGGAGGAAAAUUAUGAUGAGACCUACAUUCCCAGUGAACAAGAAAUUCUUGAAUUUGCCAGAGAGAUUGGUAUCGAUCCCAUCAAGGAACCAGAACUGAUGUGGCUGGCAAGGGAGGGCAUUGUGGCCCCACUGCCUGUGGAGUGGAAACCCUGCCAGGACAUCACAGGUGACAUUUACUAUUUCAACUUUGCUAAUGGGCAGUCCACGUGGGACCAUCCAUGUGAUGAACACUAUCGGAACUUGGUGAUCCAAGAACGGGGGAAGCUGUCAACUCCUGGGGCCAUAAAGAAGAAAGACAAAAAGAAGAAAAAGGAAAAGAAAGACAAGAAGGACAAAGAGACCUCCAAAAAUGUCCUGGCCCUGGGUUCCUCGUUAGCCCCAGUUCAUGCUCCUCUUGGGGGCCUGGCUCCCUUACGAGGCCUUGUGGAUGCCCCACCCCCUACUCUUCGUGGAUCUCAAAAUAUGAGCCUGGGGAGCUCAGUGGAGUCUGGUCAGCUUGGAGAACUCAGACAGGGUCUCAAGACAUCAGCCUUUGCAAAGGGUCUCUUGGGCUCUAUCCAGGAGGACAAGAAUAAGCUCAACCUCUUGGCUUUAGGGGUGGACUCUGAAGAGGAGGAGAGUGAAAACCAGAGUGUCCGGAGCGCAAGUGAGCUUCUUAAGAACCUGCACCUGGAUGUUGGAGCACUGGGGGAUGACUUUGAAUAUGAGGAGUCUCCAAGAACAAGUGAACCAGGGGAGAAGAAGGUUGUUUCUCCAGGUUCAGAUGCUUCUGGCCCCCUGACUUCCAGCAAGCAUUCCAGCCAAGGGGCAGACAGCAGUCUGAGCAGCGCUGAUGGCAAAGGACAACAGGGAAGAGGGGCAAGUCCUGGGCUCCCAGAAAAAGCAGAGAAUGAGAAGAGUCAACCUGGGGCUUCCAAGAGUUUGGUGCCCUCCAAGGUGGGCCCAGGGGGUGAUGAGCCUGCCAAAGUCUCUAAAAAGGAGGCACCAGAGGACACAGUGAAUGCAGGAGAGGAGCGUUCCGGGAGAGAAGAGGUGAAGGAGACAAAGACGGAAUCAUCUGCCCCCAAAGAGAGUAGAUCAGAUGCCAGCCAGGAGUCAGAUAUCAGUGAACAAGUGAAGGAACUGCAGCUCUCAGAGUCCACAGCUUCUGACCUCAAGUCCUUCUGUGGCCUGGACUUUGGUUUUCGCAGCCGGAUCUCAGAGCACCUGCAGGAUGUUGACAUGCUCUCUCCGGUACUGGAUGGAGUCCAUAGGGAGGCUCAGGAGUUAGGAAAAGAAGACAAGGAUGACAACCAGUCCAACCAGGAUGAGCCACAGAGCAAGCAGUCGGAAGGCCUGGAGAGGUUAUCUCCUCCACUUCUGCAUAGGGAGCAGCUCCAGAGUCCCCUUCAGAGCCACUCUACUGAAGAGGGGCCCCUGCAGUCCCCUCAGGGGCAGCCUGAAUGGAAGGAGGCCGAGGAACCUAGGGAGGACCCAGUAGGGUCCUCCAGCCCACUGGUUUCCCUUCAGAGGGAACUGGCCCCAAGCCUGCCUGCCACCCACGAGAGGGGCAAGGAGCAGCACUCCCAGGCUGAGGAGCUGGGCCCUUGGCAGGAAGAGGCAGAGGAACUCAAGGAGAAGGUGGUGGUCAGCCCCACCCUGCCAGUCUCUCCAGAGGUGCAAUCCAUAGAGCCUGUGGCUCCCCCAAAGCGGCUCUCAGAGGCUACAUUAAAGGCCAUGGAAGAGGCUAUGGCCCAAGAACUUGAGCAAGAGCAGAGGCGGCUGUUGGAAUCCAAGCGAGAGAAGAUUCAGCAGCUGCAGGAGAAGUUGCAGCAGGAGGAGGAGGAGGAAAAGCUCUGGCUUCACCAGCAGAAAGAGAAGGCUCUCAGUUCCCUGAAGGAGCAGCUGCAGAAAGCCACCCAGGAGGAGGAGGCCCGGAUGAGAGAGGAGGAAAGCCAGAGGCUAUCCCAGCUCCGAGCCCAGGUCCAGGCCAGUGCAGAAACAGACGCAGACCGAAUCAGGGCUGAGCAAGAGGCUUCCCUGCAGAGGCUGAGAGAAGAAUUAGAGUCUCAGCAGAAGGCCAAGAGGGCCAGCUUGGAACAGAAAAACAGGCAAAUGCUGGUGCAGCUCAAGGAGGAGAUGGAGGCAUCGGAGAAGAGUGAGCAGGUUGCCCUGAAUGCCAAGAAGGAGAAGGCUCUGCGGCAGCUGUGGGAGCAGCUGGAAAGGGAAAGGAAAGAAGCAGUGGCAAGGCUAGAGAAGGAACACAGUGCUGAGCUGGAGCAGCUCUGCUCCUCACUGGAGGCCAAGCACCGGGAGGUGGUCUCCAGCCUCCAAAAGAAGAUAGAGGAAGCUCAGUAUAAAGAGGAGGCCCAUCUGCAGGAGAGCCUUGGGCGGGUAGAGCAGAGAGCUUUCCAGAAGGUUCACCAAGUGAUGGAGUAUGAGCAAGAGCUCAGCAGUCUCCUACGAGAGAAGCGCCAAGAAAUAGAAAGGGAGCACGAGAGGAAGUUGGACAAGAUGAAGGGGGAGCACCAGCAAGUGGUGGAGCAGGCCAGGGAGCAGUACGAAGCUGAGGAGAGGAAGCAGCGGGCUGACCUCCUGGGGCACCUGACUGCAGAGCUAGAGCGCCUCCGGAAGGCCCAUGAGCGAGAGUUGGAGACCAUGAAGCAGGAGCAGGAGAAGCAUCUGGAGGACUUGCGGCGCCGGCACCAGGAGCAGGAGAGGAAGUUACAAGAUUUAGAGAUGGAAUUGGAAAUGAGAACUAAAGAUGUCAAGGCCAGAUUGGCUCAGCUGGAUGUUCAGGAGGAGACUGCCCGGAAGGAGAAGCAGCAGCUACUUGAUGUGCAGAGGCAGGUUGCUCUGGAGAGCGAGGAAGCCACAGCCACCCAUCAGCACUUGGAGGAGGCAAAGAAGGAGCACGCCCACCUGUUAGAGUCAAACCGGCACCUCCGAAGAAUUCUUGACAAACUUCGGUCUCGCAAGAUGGAGGUGGAGUCUCAAGUGGACCUGCUGCAGACUCAGAGUCAAAGACUGCAGAAACGCAUCAGCAACCUGGAGGCAGAAGCUCAGAGGAGGCAGGACCUGUUGAAAGAGCUGGCAGUUGAGCAGAGUAAUACUUCCUCACAUUUUGAGCCGGAACUCCACAUUGAGGACCUGAGGAAAUCUCUUGGGAUGAACCAACCCAAAGAGGUGUCUUCUACUCUUUCUCAGAGCAAGGAGGACUUGUCCUUGGACAGUGUGCGGCACUACGUCUCUGCUGAGGGAGUAGCCCUCCGUAACGCCAAGGAGUUUCUGCUGCAGCAGACACGCUCCAUGCGGAGGCGGCAGACAGCUCUGAAAGCUGCGCAGCAGCACUGGCGUCAUGAGCUGGCCAGUGCUCAGGAUGUGGCUGAAGACUCGACAGACACCAAGGCCCUGGGAGAUGUGCGCAGGAACCUGGAGGAGGAGACCAGGCACCUGGAUGAGAUGAAGUUGGCCAUGCGGAAAGGCCAUAACCUGUUGAAGAAGAAAGAGGAGAAGCUGAAUCAGCUGGAGUCCUCCCUUCGGGAAGAGGACUUAGGCGAGGACACUUUGAAAGGAUCUCCCACCAAGAAGGUGACCUUCGACCUCAGUGACUUGGACGACACAAGCAGUGAAAGUUCCAGUUCUUCCUCUACGCCUCGCAGCUUAUCCCCAAGUCCCGUCUUCCCUGACAAGAUCCAUGACCUGAGCAGCUCCCUGCAGCGGAUCAGCAGCCAGCUGAACACCGUCCUGGGCCUCCUCGGCAGCCUCAGUGCUCAGCCACCACCACUCUUCACUUCCAUGCCAGCGAACUUCUCUCUCCGGGCUCCCAAGAGCACCUCCACUCCCACCUACUGCCCCUCCUUGGCCAGAGCCUCGGCCUCAUCCCCUGUGACACCCACAUUCACAUCCACGCAGUGGGCUUGGGACCCGGGGCUGGGUCCUAGGCUCUCCUCCUCCAUGGCUCAAACAGUAGAUGACUUCCUGCUGGAGAAAUGGCGUAAAUACUUUCCAUCAGGCAUCCCACUGCUGAACAACAGUCCCGCCCCCCUGGAGAACAGGCUGGGUUACGUAUCUGCCAGUGAGCAGCUCCGCCUCCUGCAGCGUCCACAUUCCCAAAUCCCCGAGGGGGGCAGCACCAACUUUCAGGGCAUGAUCGAGGCUAACCGAAAGUGGCUAGAAAAUUUCAAGAACGACUCCAAGUUACAUCUUUUCUCUUCGGUGCCCAAGCCAACAGCCACUUCCAGCCUCUUGCAGCUGGGCUUGGAUGAGAAGAGGAGGCUGAAGGUGUUUCACUAUUGAGUCUCUGAAUGGGGACGUGGGACAGCCUGGCCUCUCCUCCACCCAGACCAAGUGCCUGAAGAGCUGCCUGGUAAAGCAUUUUCCAGUCCCCUUUGCCACUCACCCCACUCAGGACUUGGAGGGGCAGCAGGGACUACAGGGUGGGUGAAACAGCCUCAUACUCUAUACCCACAUAAUGGGUCAUGGGCUGAAACAAUGGGUGGGACUGCUGCAAGAUCCUGCAUGACGUGGCGAGCUGACGGCCCAUGGCUGCUGUGGAGCGUGGAGAUGCGAACACCUUUGGGAAGAAGCUGCCUUCAGGACCCAGGGAACCUCUGGGACUGGGCUGGUCCCUUGGUGCUACAGGGCACAUCUUGGGGCUCCCCUGGAGGUUGUGUAUAUGGUUCUUGAUACACCAGGACAAAGUCCCCCAGCAUGUUUAUACCCUGGGGCCAGAUCUGUGGGGCUCACCCCUGUCUCUCUAAGGCCUUAGCCUUAGACAUUAGGCCCUUUCAUUUCUUUUCUGUUUCCUUUCAGUUUUUAAAAAAUUUCUCCUUUUCUUGAGCAUUCCAUCUUUCCUUUUGACUAUCUCAGGAUUGGCCCAGAGCCCUGGGGAAGGUUGCUGGGGCCUGUCCCUCUGCUGCACUGUACUUUCCUCAAGGGCUGUCCUCAGGAGCGCCCCUCUUCCUUCCCCCGGGCUCCUCCUCAGCCAUCCCAGCGAAUCUCAGGUCUCAAGUAUACAACUUCUCCAGGAAGCCAAAAAGCCAUAGGAAAAGACUGGGAUGGCUUCUGGUCCUCAUCUGGGUUUUUCUCUUCCUGGAACACCUUGGGUAUUCAUGAGUCCUUGUUUCCGUCUGUGUUUUCAACCUGUGCCUGACCCCACUGCUGCCUGUUCUUAGAGCCUGGCUAGUGAGGGGCCGGACCAGCACCUGGUACUGGCAGUGAGGGGUCUCAUGUCAGUAGGUGCUGCAGCCACUCUGGCUGAGCUUUCCACAGCCCUGCUUCCCAUCGGUGGGCUCCUGGGGUGGGGAUUUGCAGGAGUUGUUCUCUGACAUGGCUCAUGGUUGAAAUAAAAUGCCCCCAUUUGUUCUUGUCUUAAAAUCUGUGGGGGUGCCCUUGCCUCUGUAACACAUAAGAACCCAAUUCUCAGUGUCCCCCCUCUCAUUGCUUUGUCAUGCAAUAAGAACCUAAGAUCUAAUUGACUGUUUUAUCUGUUAGAUGUCUUUUAGGCAUCAGCCUGCCACACAGAAAAAGCCCAUUAUGUUAUUUGGCUCAUUCUGUGUGCUUUGGGAAUAGCUCAUGUGAUACAACCAACUCGAGUGAUAAUCCUGUGUUUUCUACAUCAAUUAAA